CUGCCCACUCCCCUCCCUCCCUCAUUGGCUCCCCCGCCUGCCUCCACUCCACUACUCCACCGUGGCUCCAGGCCUCCACCCACUCAUCACCGCCGCACCACGCCGCCGGCGCCACCAACCGCGUUUCCCGGAGGCCGCGCACACGCCGAGGAGCAAGCAGCUCGCUGAGAGUCUCCCUGUGAUCUUGGCGUAGGAGCGGCGGCGACCGAGCGCGCCGGCAAGAUGAUCACCGGCACCGACUUCUACCACGUGAUGACGGCCAUGGUGCCGCUCUACGUCGCCAUGGUCCUGGCGUACGGCUCCGUCCGGUGGUGGCGCAUCUUCACCCCGGACCAGUGCUCCGGGAUCAACCGCUUCGUGGCGCUCUUCGCGGUGCCGCUGCUCUCCUUCCACUUCAUCUCCACCAACAACCCCUACACCAUGAACCUCCGCUUCAUCGCCGCCGACACGCUCCAGAAGCUCAUCGUCCUCGCGCUGCUCACCGCCUGGAGCUACUUCUCCCACCGGGGCUGCCUCGAGUGGACCAUCACGCUCUUCUCCCUCUCCACGCUGCCCAACACGCUGGUCAUGGGCAUCCCGCUGCUCAAGGGCAUGUACGGCGACUUCUCCGGCAGCCUCAUGGUGCAGAUCGUCGUGCUCCAGUGCAUCAUCUGGUACACGCUCAUGCUCUUCAUGUUCGAGUACCGCGGCGCCAGGAUCCUCAUCACCGAGCAGUUCCCCGACACCGCCGGCGCCAUCGCCUCCAUCGUCGUCGACCCCGACGUCGUCUCGCUCGACGGCCGGAACGACGCCAUCGAGACGGAGGCCGAGGUCAAGGAGGACGGCAAGAUUCACGUCACCGUGCGCCGCUCCAACGCCUCGCGCUCCGACAUCUACUCGCGCCGCUCCAUGGGCUUCUCCGGCACCACGCCGCGCCCCAGCAACCUGACCAACGCCGAGAUCUACUCGCUGCAGUCGUCGCGGAACCCCACGCCGCGGGGCUCCAGCUUCAACCACACCGACUUCUACUCCAUGGUCGGCCGCAGCUCCAACUUCGCCGCCGGGGACGCCUUCGGGGUGCGCACCGGCGCCACGCCCAGGCCGUCCAACUACGAGGAGGACGCGCCGGGGAAGCCCAACAAGUACGGCCAGUACCCGGCGCCCAACCCGGCCAUGGCGGCGCCGGCCAAGGGGCCCAAGAAGGCGGCCAACGGGCAGGCCAAGGGCGAGGACGGCAAGGACCUGCACAUGUUCGUCUGGAGCUCCAGCGCGUCGCCCGUCUCCGACGUGUUCGGCAACGGCAACGCCGAGUACAACGACGCCGCCGCCGUCAAGGAGGUCCGCAUGGCCGUUGCCUCCCCGCGGAAAGUUGCGGCGGACGGGAGGAAGGAGAGGAGCGAGGACUUCGCGGAGCGCGACGACUUCAGCUUCGGGAACCGGGGCGGAGCGGAGAGGGACGCGGAGGCCGGCGACGAGAAGGCGGCGGUGGCCGGGCAGGGGGGGAAUGCCGGCGCGGGGGCGCCCGCGGCGAUGCCGCCGACGAGCGUGAUGACGCGGCUCAUCCUCAUCAUGGUGUGGCGCAAGCUGAUCCGCAACCCCAACACCUACUCCAGCCUCAUCGGCCUCAUCUGGUCGCUCGUCUGCUUCCGGUGGAACUUCGAGAUGCCGGCGAUCAUCCUCAAGUCCAUCUCGAUCCUCUCCGACGCCGGCCUCGGCAUGGCCAUGUUCAGCCUCGGGCUGUUCAUGGCGCUGCAGCCGCGGAUCAUCGCGUGCGGGAACAAGGUGGCAACGUUCGCCAUGGCCGUGCGGUUCCUGACCGGCCCGGCCGUCAUGGCCGCCGCCUCCUUCGCCGUCGGCCUCCGCGGCACGCUCCUCCACGUCGCCAUCGUCCAGGCAGCGCUGCCGCAGGGAAUUGUCCCCUUCGUCUUCGCCAAAGAGUACGGCGUGCACCCUGACAUCCUCAGCACGGCGGUCAUCUUCGGCAUGCUCAUCGCGCUGCCCAUCACGCUCGUCUACUACAUCCUGCUGGGGCUGUGAGAGGAAAAGGCGAGACAAGGUGUGGCGGGUGCUGCAGGCCGGUCACAGCUCAGCGAUGCCGGGUGGAAUGGUGGUGGAUGGAGUAGCAGACAGGGGAGGAGACAAAGGACGCUGCAGCCUGCAGCGGCUGCGCGUGCUUGCAAUGCAGGGGGGCAUGGAGUGGAGGAGCCUUAAUCUGUAGGAGUACUAUUCUUAGCUGUAGAGAUUUAGAGGCCACGAAAGAAUGUUUAGGACAAGCAAGAGCUGGGCUGGAGGAGGGCGGCAAGGGCAUGUGCAAAAAGCUUUGGGAUGACACGGUUUGCAAAGCAUCCGGAUGCUCAGGGGAGGGUUUUCCAUGGAUGGUUGGGAUUAUGGUCUUGCCUUGUAAAAUGGAUGCAUUUCACUUUGAUGCAAUGCUAGAGCUCUCUUGUUCAUCUUUAGCCUAUACUCCUGCUACUUUGGAAUGGCAGCAUGCAUGUUCUUGUUAA